ACUUCAUUAUAUCAACACAAACCAUAUAUUAAACUGUUUUAUACAACAUAAACCAUAUAUUAUAUUGUUCUAUCAAUGGAUUUUUCUUCAUAUUUCAAAGUUUUAGCCACUUUAUGUCUCCUAAGUUUGAGCAUAAUUAGUACUAAUGCUCAACUUUCACCAAAUUUCUACUCCAAAUCUUGCCCUAAUCUUUUUUCUACUGUGAAACCUGUUCUUCAAUCUGCCAUUAAUAAGGAGAAGCGUAUCGGGGCAUCGCUUGUUCGCUUGUUCUUUCACGACUGCUUCGUUAACGGAUGUGAUGGUUCAAUUCUUCUGGAUGACACGUCAUCCUUCACCGGAGAAAAAACAGCAAAUCCGAACAGAAAUUCAGCCAGAGGAUUCGAUGUGAUUGACAACAUUAAAUCCGCCGUUGAAAAAGCUUGCCCCGGUGUCGUCUCUUGUGCUGAUAUCUUAGCCAUUGCUGCUAGAGACUCCACCGUUACUCUUGGAGGUCCAAGUUGGAAUGUAAAACUUGGAAGAAGAGAUGCAAAAACAGCAAGUCUUUCUGCAGCCAAUAAUGGAAUUCCACCACCAACUUCUAAUUUGAACCAACUCAUCUCUAGAUUUAAUGCUCUUGGCCUCUCUACUCAAGAUAUGGUUGCCUUAUCUGGAUCUCACACUAUUGGACAAGCAAGGUGCACAACUUUUAGGGCAAGGAUAUACAAUGAGACCAACAUAGACACAACCUUUGCACAAACAAGAAGAUCAAACUGCCCAAGAACCGGUGGCGACGCCAAUUUAGCACCGCUCGAUUUGCAGACCCCGACGUCUUUCGACAAUCACUACUACAAGAAUUUGGUGGCUCAAAAGGGUUUACUUCACUCCGAUCAAGUUUUAUUUAACGGUGGAUCGACCGACGCCAUUGUUCAAACUUAUAGUAACGGACAGGGGAAUUUCUUUUCUGAUUUUGUUUCUGGUAUGAUUAAGAUGGGAGAUAUUAGUCCACUUACUGGCUCACAAGGAGAGAUUAGAAAGAAUUGUAGGAUAAUUAAUUAGUUUAAUUAUGGGAAUUUGGUGUUGUUGGCACUUUGAUUUAGUCUUGUAAGAAUAAUUUAAUGUGUGUCUAAGGUUUGUGUUUGGGUUAUUUUUGUAUUUUUGUGGUCAAAUGAAUCACAUAUAUGUCUUUGAAAUCACUUUUUAAUAUAAAGUUUGUUUUGGUCCAA